UCAACAAAAUGAAUGGCGCUGUGGCAGCGGAAUGGGAGCGUGCCUGCUAAGAAAAAGUGUUCUUUCGUUAUGUCCUGGUUUUUACAACCGAGUAGUUUUGUUUUCAAAUAUGAGCCACACAAAUUUGGAAAAAAUCAAAGCCCUUCAGAAGAAGACCGGAAACAUUCGAAAUAUUUGCAUAUUGGCCCAUGUUGACCACGGGAAGACGACUUUGGCAGAUUCCCUCGUUGCAAGCAAUGGCAUCAUCUCGAGUCGUUUGGCUGGUAAGUUACGCUACAUGGACAGCAGGGAAGAUGAACAAAUUCGUGGAAUUACAAUGAAGUCAAGUGCCAUAUCGUUACAUUUUACAAAAGGUGACGAGGAGUACCUUGUGAAUCUCAUAGACUCUCCUGGCCAUGUGGAUUUCUCAUCAGAGGUGUCAACAGCAGUUCGGUUGUGCGAUGGAGCCAUUAUUGUGGUUGAUGCUGUCGAAGGAGUCUGUCCUCAGACUCAGGCUGUUUUAAGGCAAGCUUGGCUAGAGAACAUCCGGCCUGUUCUAGUAAUAAACAAAAUAGACAGACUGAUUAUUGAGCUCAAAAUGACUACACAGGAAGUCUACACUCACCUUCAAAAAAUUAUGGAACAGGUGAAUGCAGUUACUGGGUCACUGUUUACAUCAAAAGUGUUGGAAGAAAGAGCAGAAAAGAGCACAGACUGCCAGAAGAACUCCGAAAACUCUGGUGCAGAGCAGCUCUACGAUUGGAGUGCCGGGCUUGAAGAGACGGACGAUUCCCAUUUGUAUUUUUCCCCUGACCAAGGAAACGUCGUUUUUGCCAGUGCAAUCGAUGGAUGGGGUUUCAGCAUUCUCCAGUUUGCCCAGUUGUACAGUCAAAAAAUGGGCAUCAGGAUAGAGGUGCUGCAGAAGACUUUGUGGGGAGAUUUUUAUCUCAACGCCAAAGCAAAGAAAAUCAUGAAAGGAGCACAGUGCAAAGGGAAAAAAACACUCUUUGUUCAGCUGGUUUUGGACAAUAUUUGGAGUCUGUAUGAAGCUGUUGUAAUCAAAAGAGACAAAGAGAAAGUUGAGAAAAUUGUGAGUUCUUUGGGACUUAGAGUUUCGGAUCGAGACUUGAGGCAUACAGAUCCCAAAGUGCUCCUCAACGCAAUCUGUUCACAGUGGCUACCCGUUUCUCAAGCUGUGCUGACUAUGGUAUGUGAUAAACUUCCUAGCCCACUAGAUAUGUCAGAGGAAAGAGUGGAAAGAUUAAUGUGUGUUGGCGCACAAAGGUUCGAUUCCCUGCCAUGCCAGACUCAGGAGCUUAAAAAGGCAUUUAUGGAAUGUACAAGUGCAGAUACAGCCCCAGUCAUCAUAUUUGUCUCCAAGAUGUUUGCUGUUGACUCCAAGGCCUUACCGCAAAACAAGCAAAGGCCUUUAACUCAGGAAGAGAUAGCACAGAGAAGGGAGCUGGCCAGGGAGAGACAUGCUAAAAGGCUGGCAUCGUGUCAAGACCAAAACAACCAAGAGCAAACUCCUAUUUCCGAGACAUGUGGGGAAAACCGAAAAGUUGAGGAUCUGGGCAUUCAGUUGGAGUCCACUACCUUGAGUGCUUAUCGACCCGAGAAAGAGGACAAUGAAACUUUCGUUGCUUUUGCCAGAGUUUACAGCGGAACUGUGCAGACAGGGAAAAAAAUGUUUGUUUUGGGCCCCAAGUACGACCCCGCUGACGCUCUUACCAGGUUGCCCCCCGGCUGCUCUGCUACAGAAGAUCUUCCGUCGAUACCUCACAUGGCUUGCUGUACCCUGGAGAAUCUCUUUCUACUGAUGGGUCGUGAGCUCGAAGUGCUGACCGAGGUACCCUCUGGAAAUGUCAUAGGUAUCGGCGGAUUGCAAGAAUACGUGUUGAAAUCGGCAACUUUGUCGAGUUCACCUGCCUGUCCUCCCUUCAAUGCUCUCAACUUUGAAGCGGCUCCUAUCGUUCGAGUGGCCGUUGAGCCGAAGCAUCCAAGUGAGAUGCCAAAAUUAGUCCAAGGGAUGAAGUUGCUGAAUCAAGCCGAUCCGUGUGUAGAGGUCCUCAUUCAAGAGACCGGAGAACACGUGCUGGUCACCGCCGGGGAGGUUCACCUUCAGAGAUGCCUUGAUGACCUGAAAGAAAGGUUUGCCAAGAUAGAAAUCACCGCAUCGGAACCAAUCAUCCCAUUCAGGGAGACAGUUAUACGACCCCCAAAGGUUGAUAUGGUGAAUGAAGACAUCGGUAAACAGCAGAAAGUUGCGGUGAUCCACCAGGUGAAAGAGGAACAGUCCAAGUAUCCAGAUGGUGUCCAGGUAGAUUCGGAUGGAUUAGUCACACUGACCACCUCAAAUAAGUUAUCGACGAUAGGCGUGAGAGCCAUGCCUCUUCCCGAAGGAGUGACACAACUUUUAGAGCAAAGCACUGAUCUCAUCCGAACAAUGGAGACGUACAACUUAUCAGUGAAAGAGGGCCGAAACACUUUAGCAAUCAAUCCGAAGACGCUGCAAGCAAUCCAGGAUUUAAAAGAAGCGUUUAAAUCUCAUUUACAAGGAAGGAAGUGGAGAAAUGCCGUAGAUCAGAUCUGGUCUUUUGGUCCUCGUCGCUACGGGCCUAAUAUUUUACUUAACAGGAUAGAAGAUUAUAAGAGGCCCUCGGUUUGGCAGUGUCUUGAUAAAGCAGCGAAUGACACAGCUGCGUACCGUGAUUUCGACAAUAGCAUUGUCAGUGGCUUCCAGUUAGCUACUCUUUCUGGGCCCAUGUGUGAGGAGCCACUGAUGGGAGUCUGUUUUAUUGUGGAAAAGUGGGAUAUGAACCUUCCUUUUUCACAGCCCAGCCAAGACAAUUAUGUGAAUGCCAAUGUGUCGAUGAAGUUGCACAGCCAAGGAGAGCAGAAUGGCGGAGAAGCGAACGCUGAAGCCAGGCAAAGUGGUGACGAAGACUGCAAACCCAUUGCUCCAGUCAGUGAGGCGUCUCCUUCCAGUGCGGCACAGAAACGUAAAAACGAAACGGCCGGAUCGGAUUGCUAUGGGCCAUUCUCCGGUCAGCUCAUCGCCACCAUGAAAGAUGCAUGUCGAUAUGCAUUCCAGGCUAAGCCCCAGCGACUUAUGGCUGCAAUGUAUACUUGUGAAAUUAUGGCUACUGGAGAGGUUCUUGGUCGAGUCUAUGGUGUCCUUUCCAAGAGAGAAGGCCGCAUUUUGCAAGAGGAAAUGAAGGAGGGUACUGACAUGUUCAUCAUUAAAGCUGUCCUUCCAGUAGCAGAGAGCUUUGGCUUUGCUGAUGAGAUCAGAAAGAGGACGAGCGGCCUGGCAAGUCCACAGCUGGUGUUCAGCCACUGGGAGUUGAUCCAAAGUGAUCCAUUUUGGGUUCCUACCACGGAGGAGGAAUACCUGCAUUUCGGCGAAAAAGCGGACUCUGAAAACCAGGCUCGCAAGUACAUGAACGCCGUGAGGAAGAGAAAAGGAUUGUAUGUUGAAGAAAAAAUUGUGGAGUACGCGGAGAAACAACGAACCCUUGGCCGAAACAAGUAGGAGUUUGGGAAAUAUACCAAAAAAAAAAAAGAGAGAGAAAUAAAAAUUCAUGGCUCGAUUUUUCAACUUGGAAACUUCUCCAAAUCCAUUCACCAAUCCUGCUGAAAUGUCAUUUCUGUAUUUUUUACAAUGUAUUUUUUUUUAAUAUUGUACCAAGCCUACGAUUAGUAGAUUAAAAGGAGAUUUUUUUUUUUUAGAAAGUUAAACUCUCCCCGUAGUUCUAACGGAAGGUCACGUUGUGCCACGUGGACGAGUCGCUCAUGAAACGUGUUAAAAAUAGCGGGCUCCGUAUUCACUGGGACAGAAAGAAAAGAAUUCUGGGCAAGUGUUAUUUGAAGCCUUCACAUUCUAAUCCCAGAAUUACCGCCCAGUGUUCAAAUAUGACAUUUGUUAUGUAAAUGAAAAUUGGUGCCUUUGAAAGCAAGUCGGUAAUUAAACCCGUUCCUAUUUAGAAGCUGCUUUUUCGUCUUUUAAAUUAUAUGCACCGUGAGUUAUCUAACAGUUCGGCGGAUACCUUAAUGACAGCUGUUAGCAUUACAGCUGAACACUCAUACGAAGCAGGAAGAAGACCGUCUCCAAUAUAGUUUAAAAGAAAACAUCGGUGAGAAUUUUUAAUAAUAAAUUCCAUAGUUUUCUUGCCACUCGUCCACUUCUCCUGAGCUCUAUCUCGUUCAAGUCAUCUGCUGGUUUUAGGGCCGUAGACUUCUGCGCUGUCCAGUGUUGGCUUCAUUUUAUUCGACUUUAGAAAAAUCACGCUGCCAGUAUAAAAAAAAUGAAGAAUGAAAAUGUAUUAUUUAUAAGAGCCAUCGUAAAACACAGUCACUUUUAUCUUUUUUUAAUUCGAUGAACGCCACCUUUCAGAUUAUGAGACAUCGUCCAUGACCUUCAGUGCAAGCCUCCAAUAUUUGGUUUCCUGUUAACGUCCACUCUUUCCAAUGUCUACAGCGCUGACUCUAUUUAUUAUUAUUUUCUAUAUCUGUUUCUAAAGGUGUUUAAAGCUCUGAACGCACAUUAUCUGCCAUGUGCAUCUUUACUUUUGUAAUGGUGGUUAGACUCCUUGCACAUCUUUAAAAUAAAUCGGUUUUUGAUUUUGU